AUGUCUGAACAGAAAAGUGAGAUUUCGGCAGUUAAAAAUCAGGAACAUCCGGAUACAGAGCCGAAACAAGAACAAGAGGGCGAGUCUCCCAAUAAGCGUAUCCAUUUGGACACUAGGGACGGAAAGGAACAACCUGAGAAGUCUGGUCAAGAGAAAAAAGAUGAUAAAAGCAAUGGUUCCAAUGCUACAGAAGGUACUUCAAAUGUGAAAUCUGAGGUACAGCCCACGGUCCAGAAUUCAUCUACCCCGCAAAAUCCGCAUUUUAUUCAUAAACUUUACAGCAUGCUUGAAGAUGAUGAUUUGAAGAACCUUAUUUGGUGGUCACCUUCUUGUGAUUCGUUUUUGAUAAGACCGACAGAACGAUUUUCGAAAGCACUUUCUGCCUUUUUCAAGCAUACAAACGUUGCUUCGUUUGUUAGACAGUUGAAUAUGUACGGAUUUCAGAAAGUUAGCGACCAUAAAUCAACUUGGGCCGCAAACACCGAUGAUUCAGAUGAACCAUCAAUUAAUUUAUGGGAGUUCAAGCAUUCGUCCGGUUACUUCCGGAAAGGUGACACAGAAUCGUUGAAAUCCAUCAAGAGAGGGUCCUCCAAAUACCAUAUGUCAAAUAACAGGAAAAACAGUGCACCAACAGCGUCCACUUUUUCAGGAUCUGGAUCCCAGGAUUCUGCUAGUUGGAAUGAAUUUCCCCCGCCAAAUAGAUCGCACUCAUAUACAUCCCACGAUGCGGCGCACAUCAUGCCCAACCCAUUAUACAAUACUCAGGACGGCCUUGCCUUGUAUCCAACAGGUGCAAAUUACCCUGUUAAUUUAGUGCCUUCCGUGGACUAUUACAAUUCACCCCAACAUCAUAUUAAAAACAAACAGCAACAACAGCAACAACAUCAACAUCAACAACAACAGCAGCAACAACAAUCAAUCGACACUAACGUUCAUGAGCUGCAUCAAUCAAUUUCUGGUUUACGGAAUGAACACUCGGAUCUGCAGCAUUCGUACGAAAUGGCUGUGGAAGAGUUAAGGGCUACCAACAUUGAUAUGAUCAAAAUGCUUGAUAUCGUGCAAAAGACUAUGGUUGAAAGGAUUGGAAGUCCGUUGAAUGAAGAUGGUAGCGUUCCAAGACCGCGAACUCCGUUGAGCAACGCUACUAGGAAGGGAUCGAUGCUCUCCCCAGGUAGUAAACCGCCUGCUCAUACUCUGAAAACAAACAAAGAAUUCAAUUCUGAUGAACAGAGAGCUUCAACUAUGAAUGAACUUGCCAAAAUCAGGGAAUCUAUCUUUGCAAGGUUCCAAAAAUUCCACGAGACAAUGCAACAUUCUAUCUCUGUUAUGGAUUUGAAACCUCAAUCGUUUUCGUCACUUCAACCUAACAUGAAUUCAUCAACUCUUCCAUCAUCUGUAAACUUGUUACAGCACCAAUACAAUGCGUUUAAUGGUAACGCCGGACCUUCUCCCCAGUCUUAUCACAUGAAUCCAAGAGGAAGUCAAUCUGACCAACAUGUGAAUCUGAUGAUGAACCCUUUUGAAAGAAGAAUAUCUUCUACUGGCUCUUCAAAGAAAAGGCAUAUGAGUGUCCUCAUGGAUCCUUUGGCACCUGCUCCUCCCCAACAGCCACUGCAGGCGCAGAUUCAAUUACAGCCCCAGCAGCAACCCCAGCAGCAAUCUCAGCAGCAAUCUCAGCAGCAGCAACAACAACAGCAGCAGCAACAACCCCAUCAGCAACAACAUCAACAGCAACAUCAACAGUUGCAGGCGAAUCAAAACCCCCAACAAGCAUUUACUAUUGCUCAAGGUUCAUCUCAGCCUAAUGUAAUUUCAUACAAACCAUAUUACCCUUACGGAACCGUACCUGUUUCCAACUUCAGUGGUUCUCAAUUGUAUUCUAACACUCCUAUUAAUUCAACCCCCGGUCAUAGCUCAGUACCAUCGGAAUAUGGACUCGCGAUUGAAGCGCAAGGUAACUUUGUAAUCAAUGGUCCCCAGACUCCCGUCAACAUAAUCAAACCUAUCCCUGCUAAAGUUCCUUACACAGUACUAUCUGACCAUACAACUCCAACAGGAUUGGGUCCACUACAUGGCUCAGCUACUCAAUUACCUCAAGUUCUUUCUCAACAUCAGCAUCAACAUCCAGCAUUCCAACCUGCUCACACCCUCGUACAACCUCAACCCAUUUCACAACCACAAAGCUUGUCUCAACCGCCACAAGCUCCACCCUCAAUGAAUACUUCUCAGUUUUCUGUAUCAAAACAACCCCAACACCAGAGUGGUAGCAACUCUGGUUUGCAUUCUCUAUUGACCCAUGAUUCUAGAAAUUGA